AUGUUGGAGAACAGGUUCAAGGAGCACACCUCCCUUAAUCCUGUAAGUGUUCGACGUUAUUACAUGGACAGUUCAUGCUUUCCUCUGUUAGCUUCCAUCUCUUAUCUUUGUCCUGAUCAGAAACAAAAACAAGCCUUGGCCAAGCAGCUAAAUCUCCGGCCGCGGCAAGUGGAAGUAUGGUUCCAGAACAGGAGAGCAAGGACGAAGCUCAAGCAGACAGAGGUGGAUUGCGAGAUCCUCAGGAGGUGCUACGAGAAGCUGACCGCGGAGAACCAGAGGCUACGGAAGGAGUUGCAGGAGAUGAAGUCUCUCAGAUUCUCAGCGCCGUCGCCGCUGUACAUGCAGAUCCCGGCGGCCACCCUCGCGCUGUGCCCGUCCUGCCAGAGGAUUAAUGGCUCCGAAGCUGGCAGUGAUGCAGCACCGAAGCCUGGUCUCUUCCUUAAUCCCAUCACACAUCCAGCUCCAUGUUAA